AUGACUUUAACGAAAGAAAGUUUCCACGGGGAUCUUCCACCCUCUUCUGAAGCGGCCAAGGUCGGCAUGGACAGCAGCAGGGAGAAGGAGGCAUCUCUAAUGCAGUCUGUGACGAGGACUGGAGCGGUGGUGCCGCAGAAGCGGGCGGUGGGAAGGCUGGUCAUGCACAGCAUGGCCAUGUUCGGCCGGGAGUUCUGCUAUGCUGUGGAGGCUGCCUUCGUCACGCCGGUGCUUCUCAGUGUAGGGCUGCCCAAGAACCUCUACAGCCUGGUGUGGCUCAUCAGCCCUGUCCUGGGCUUCGUGCUGCAGCCUGUGGUAGGUUCAGCCAGCGACCACUGCACCUGUAACUGGGGCAGGAGGCGACCUUACAUUCUGGGUCUGGGCAUCAUAAUGCUGUUAGGCAUGACUUUGUACCUCAAUGGGGACGUGAUUAUCUCAGCUUUCAUCGCUGAGAGAGACAAGCAGCGGACGUGGGCAAUAGUCAUUACCAUGCUGGGAGUAGUGCUUUUUGAUUUUGCAGCUGAUUUUAUUGAUGGCCCCAUCAAAGCAUAUUUAUUUGAUGUCUGCUCUCAUCAGGAUAAAGAGAAGGGUCUGCAUUACCACGCCCUCUUCACAGGUUUGGGAGGAGCCCUGGGUUACCUGACAGGUGCUAUGGAUUGGGGUCAGACUGUCUUAGUAUAUUCCUUGGCAUCAGAAUUCCAGGUGAUUUUCUUCUUCGCAGCCUUGGUUUUCCUAAUCUGCCUUACUGUACACCUGCACAGUAUUCCCGAAGUCCCACUCAGAUAUGAAAAUGAGGAGACAAAGUUCUUGUUGGAAGUGUCUGAAUCCUAUAAAUAUAGUUCCAUAGAGAAGGAGAUGAAGAAUGGUUACUUAAAAUCAACAUGUACUGAAAUAAAGACUGCAGCUGAACCAGGGAAAUGCACUGUUACAUCACGCGUGGAGGAUCAAAGGCGGAUGACUCUUAAAUCACUCUUGAAGACACUUCUAAGCAUGCCACCCCACUACCGCUAUCUGUGCGUGAGCCACCUCUUUGGAUGGAUGGCUUUCCUGGCCAACAUGCUCUUCUUCACGGAUUUCAUGGGGCAGGUUGUGUACCAGGGUAGUCCUUAUGCACCUCAUAACUCCACACUUUACCUUACCUACAAAACAGGAGUAGAGAUGGGAUGCUGGGGACUGUGCAUCAAUGCAAUUUCUUCAUCAGUCUAUUCAUACCUACAGAAAAUCCUUUUGCCAUACAUAGGAUUAAAGGGACUUUAUUUCAUUGGAUACCUACUUUUUGGAUUGGGUACUGGAUUAAUUGGCUUGUUUCCCAAUGUCUAUUCCACUCUGGCUCUGUGCUCCCUCUUUGGGGUCAUGUCCAGCACACUGUACACAGUGCCUUUCCACCUCAUUGCAGAGUAUCACAGGGAAGAAGAGAGCCUGAAGCUGCAGGAUGAGGAACAAGCUGGGGAACACAGACGAGGGAAGGGCAUUGACUGUGCUGCUCUCACCUGCAUGGUCCAGCUGGCCCAGAUCAUACUGGGUGUGGGCCUGGGUCUCUUGGUCAGUGUUGCUGGCAGCUCAGUCACCGUGAUUUCAGCAUCUACAGUCGCGCUGGUUGGCUGCUGCUUCGUGGCUUUUUGUGUUCGAUAUGUGGAGUAGGACUGUGUGAAGAUGUUGAAUGAAGUCUCCCCAGGGGAGCUUUUUCUUUCUGGGUCAGUAGCACUGGUGCUGUUGCCAUGCUGAUACUGCUGGCACGUCCUCCCCUCUUACCUCCUCGGAGUGGUUGCAAUUUUCAGAGCUUUACGAAAUGGAGACUUGUUGAAACUGGUUGCCUAAUGCCUCAGAUUGAAAGCUUCUGUGUUUUGACUGUGUUAUUACUUCAGCCCUCCUGACCUCAGUGUCUUAACAUGCUGUUGCACAUGACAGUGUCUAUGCCCAUGGUAUCUCAAAGUCUUACACAAGAAGUCAUUACGAAAGUGGUCAUUACCAAUUUGUGGACACUAAUAGAUGGGCUGUAUUAAACUGAAGAAGCAAUGAAAACAGACACUUAGAAACAAUGCUUUUAUUUAUCUUGUUUUCUAGUAUCUUAAGUUUGGGGAUAUUCCAUCUGCUAGUCAAAAGCUGCAGGAGGAUCAAACAGGUGUCAGAGGCCAUGCAGGGUGCGAUUGUGUAAUGUUUAUUACUACUGUUGUAGGGGAUCAGUUAAUACUCAGCUACUGGCAAAAAGCAGAUUUGAGUGUGGAAGGUGAUUGGAAUAUAAAAAAAUAUUGAACCCUAUUAUUUGAAACAACAACCAUAAAGUAAUUAUUUCAUACCAGAUCUUGCUGCUUCUCCAGGAAUGAAAUCGCAGCAUAGACUGUCUGCUUAAGGAUGCCUUCAAAUUCAUUGGUAGGCACCCAAGCACUCAGACUGUGGGAAACAACUGCCAUUUCUUCCUUCUUAACAUCACAGCCUCUUGGCUUUGAUACUGUAAUUUAAAACAUAAACUUGUCCAAAAUAAGAGUUCUGUGGAUAUUUGUAGGUCACAUAAAUCUUGACACUGGACAUGCCAUUAUUUACCUUAGAGUAGCAUCCCUGUUUUCUCUGUUUUCCGUCGUGUGUCUGGCUCUGAAUGAAAUGGUGUUUGUUCUCUACAGAAUAUUGUAAAUAAAUCUAGCUCUGCAAAGCACAAUCAGGAACUGCUGUACAGUGAAUACUGAAGCCCAGUUAUUUCUAUUUAACUGCAUAGGAAGCUUCAUUCUCAUCUGUAUAAUACUGCCAGAGCUUUGAAAAUCCUGCGUUCAUGAAAGUGCUGUAUUUGUGCUGUGCCACCUCUGCUCUGACAAAUGUCCUACCUACAGAGUUACAUUCUAGACCACAUGAACCCAUCUGCUAAUGCAAUAUUGUUAAUGAACACAGAGAGAGACUGCUGCCAGGUAUGGUGGGUUUUGCUGUUGGCUUGAUUUGGGGGUUGUAGGUUUGUUUGUUUCUUUGUUUGUUUGGUUUGGGUUUGUGUGGGGUUUUUUUGUUUGUUUGUUUGUUUGUUUUGCCUUGGGUUUUUCGGGGGUUUUGAUUGGUUGAUUGGU